AUGGAUCAUCUGACACAUGAACAAUUAAAGUGAGGCACUAACAACCAACUUUGGAGGAUUGACAAAUGAAAUAUUUAAAAAUGAAGCAAAAAUGGAGAAAAGUCAGCUGGCACACGCUGCACAGAGAAAAUAUAACAAUUUUCGAUUUCAUUUUUAUAGCCCAGAGUGAUAUCAGAUUGUGCGAAAGGCAUUCCGCUUUCCAUCCCCCAGUACGAUAAAAUGUUGGGCUUCAUCUGUUGAAUGUGAACCUGUAUUCCAAAAUCAAGUUUUUACCCACCUUCAAGACAAUCUUGAAGAGGACAACAAAGAUUGUGUACUGCUUGUUGAAGAAAUGUCUAUAAAGAAGGAUGCUCUUUUGGAAGCUCAGACAAAAACGUUUGUCGAGAAUGUUGACUAUGGGAAGAUUAUGGCAGAGAAACAAGAUGCAACAGCAGAGAAUGGUCUUGUCGUCAUGGCAGUUGGCCUGAAACAACCUUGGAACUAUCGGAUUGAAUUCUUUUUGGUAAAUGGAUUGACAUGAAACACACAAACACAAAUAAUAAUGGAAUCAAUCAACCUACUAACCGAUGCAGGCUUGGAUGUACAUGCUGUCUUAUUUGAUGGCUGUUACAAAAAUUUAGCGACAGCUAGAGGUGUUGGAUGCGACAUAAAUGCUAUUGUCGGAUCAUUUGCACACCCAUCUAGACCAAACAAACUGCUGUAUGUGAUCCUUGACGUUUGCCACAUGUUGAAGUUAGCCAUAAAUGGCCUGGGAGACAAAGGCAUAUUUUAUAUCAAUGGCCAGCCGUCCAUAUUCUGGCAGCUCAUCACAGAGCUGCACAACACACAGAAAGACGAUGUUUUACACCUAUGAAAUAAAUUGAAGAGUAAGCACAUUCAUUGGCACAAUGUACAGAUGAAAGUUGCUGUGGCAGCACAGACACUAAGCAACUCGGUUGCAUCUGGUAUCAGAUAUUUGAAGGCAAUUGGCAUACCAAAAUUUCAAGCCAGUGACGAAACUUCACC